UUUCUUUCAGGCACAUUCCAGUUUAGCCCUCCCGAGGCUAAAACGGCUGGCUAUUACUAUGCCGAGCCAGCGACAGUGUGGUCACUCGGGAUUCUUCAAUAUGUCCUGAUGUUCAAAAAAUUUCCAGACAACCAUGACCUCCUCAAGUUGAAUGACAGAAAUUUACACCAACACGGAAGGUCAAAAGAAUGCAGCGAUUUCAUCAGCGGUUGUCUGCAGACACUGCCCUGGUCUCGGUAUAAGCUGAAUGCACUUCGUGCCCAUGACUGGUUUAAGAGAAUUGUAAAAAAGAUCUAGCAUUUGACAAAGGACCACUUCCAGAAUCUCCCAGUUCAGUGCUGGAUUCGGCUAAAAACUCCAGCAGCUCCAACCAAAAUAGAAGAAGCUGAGGAUUUUGAGCCAACCACACCACCAUAGUCCUUUAGCUAAACAUAACUUUAUCCAGAGAGCUGAACAUAGUUUGGUCCUGCAGUGUCAUAGCUCUUAUUUCAACAUUUACACUGGCUCUAAUUAAAAUUCAUGUAAAUUACAAAAAUUAUAAAAAAUGAUAAAGCACUUUACAGUUUAGACCUUCAUAUAGUGUACACAGCCCUUCUUACACUUUAAUAUCAGCUUUUGCUUUAACUCUUACACUUCCACAUGCUAAAAUAAAAUGUAUAAUAAAAUAAUAAAAAAAAAAAUCUCAGUCGUUCCCAGUCCAGGUCCAUAUAUUUUGGGUGUCACUCUCUAAAAAAUGUAAUUUGAGCCAGAGGAGAGAGACUCCUGACCAAUGAUUACUGGGAUCAACUGAUAUAUAUACAGGGUUUCCAAUGAGCAUUAUCACUCACCAGCCAAU